UCAUAUAUAACAUGUUAUGAAAAUUCCGCAUUUACAGUGACGUCAUCAAAUAAUUUCCGACUAAUAAAAUAAGUAUUAAUUUAAAAAAAAAAUGUUAUAUACAUAAAUUUACUAAUUUUACAUUUAGAGAAAUAUUAUUAUUUCCAUUAAUGAAAAAUAUAAAAGCUAAUUUCGCUCCAUUUGUAAACAUUUUUCGUAACAUUUCAGACGAUCGCACUUCGUCUGUUUUCGUAAAUUUGUUAUGAUUUCUGAUGGAAAUAUUCUGUCGCAUCGCUUAUUUGGGUAUCGUAUAUCAGUUUUUAUUAGUAAAAAAUCUUCUGCGCGACAAAUCCACCGAAAUAUUCUUAAUAUAUACUCGAUAUAAGCAUUGUAUUACGUCACAAUUAUAUGACAUUUAGGCACCAACGCUUUCACAAUUCAAUACAUUUUUUCAUAUUAAAAUGUAAUUUGUAUACAUUUGUAAAUACAUAUGAAGCUACACAUAUAAUAGAUCUACUUUUUUGUUUGUUUUUAGAUGUAUUUACUUGUUUACCGCCAAACCUCUAGUUGUUCUCCAUCAAGUUUUCCAACUCAACAUGAGAUUACAUUAUGAACUGGAAAGAUUAAAAUAGAUUUUAUUUGCUUUACCACAGUUUAUAUUCGAUUCGAGUUUUGUUGUAUUCGGUGCUUUUGAUAUGCAAGAAAGAAUUUUUUUUUAUAUUAAUUAUUUCUAAUGAAACUUUUUGAAGAAAACUGCGACAUUUAUGAAGCGAAAAAUGUAUAUUCAUCGAUUUUAAAUAUCGUACAAAGUUAUUUUUAACGUUGAAUUGAUGGAAAGAAUGUCUACAUCACAUAUAUAAAUCUUUGAAAUUCAAAUGAUGUGAGCUAUUUAAUAUAUUAUGAAAAGUUUACUACUAUUAAAUUUGAUAUUCACUACAUUUCUCUUUUCAUACAUGUAAUAAAGAAUUGGAUUAGAAUGGAAUCAGUUCAUAUUUGAAUAGUGAACUGUACUUGAGGAGAGAAAUGGCAUAAUGGAAGAAAAAUAUAGAAUGAAGCCAACAAGAAGAGCAGCUCGUUUAGCUGCACAGAAAAUUUUUAAUACUGUGCACAUGUAUGGCUUAGAUGAACCCGCUAAGCCAGAAAAAGAAUAUUUUCCACCAGGUGGUCAUUUUUCAUCUUCUGAACAUACUGGACUUUUAAUGGAAUGUUGUGAAGAAAUUUUAAGUGGUGUGCAACGAGAAGCAUUUUAUAAAGCAAAACAAGCAUAUGAAGAAGCCAACCAAAAAAUAAUUUAUUUGAAAUCAAUAAAUGCUAAAAUCAUUAAUAAUUUAGACAGUGAUUUUCAAAUUGAUUCAGAAAGUAAUGAAAAUAAUCAUGGAAUGGAUUCAAAAGUUGGACCAAAGUUUUUGGAAAGUAAUUCGUCAAUUGCUAUUCAUCCAGUAAUAAAUAUAAAACCUGUCCAACAACAAACAAUUACAAUUACUACAGGAACUGAUAACAGUUCUUUAUCUGAUGCACUGCCAAAUGCAAAUCCUUCUUCAUAUAAAGUUUAUGAUUCUAGAACAGGAGCAGUUGUUGGUACUUUACCAGGGGAUACAACAAUUGUCUCUCAAGAUGGUGUUCAUAUAUCGUCGGCACUUGAGCCUAUAACAAUUUUAAAAGUGGAUAAAGAAAAACAGUUUACUAUAAAGAGUUCGCUACUACAGGAAGAAAAAUCAAAAAAUAAUAACAGUUCAGAAUCAAAAUAUACUUUACAAAAGACUUUAACUAUAGUAUCAGGUGGCCAUAAAAUGGUUACAACAUUUAAUCUGCUUUCAGUGAGAGUCAAGGCAAAUCUUACAACAGAAAGAAUUUUUAAUAUAAGAGAAUUAAAAAAUUCUCUUAAUCGAGAAAAAUAUCGAGAAGAUGCAGUUCAGUGGAUGAUAAAAAAGAAACUACUCCCAAAUCAAACUAAAUGCAAAUGGUGUUCCUUAUCAUCUCUAAAUUUAAUUGUUGAUAAAUCUCUUGUUGAUGGAUAUACAUGGAAAUGUAGCAAUUUAAAAUGCAAAAAAACUUGUCCAGUGAACAGACUCCCUUUUUUUGGAAGAUUUGGUAUAUCAAUGAGCAGAUUAUUGGCUUUAACUUAUCAUUGGGUUGCACAGACUGAUACUGCUGAUGUAAUGAUGGAUGUAGGAGUAGAUGUAUAUACAGUGCGAUCAGUCUGGAGAACAUUACAGGAAGUAUGUGGUAUUGCUGUUGCUUUAAAAUCAUCAAAACUUGGUGGAUCAAAUUGUUCUGUUGAAUUUGGCAUUGCACAAUUAGGAAGAUUUCUUAUUAUUGGUGUUUAUGAUAGAAGGACAGGGUUAACAAGGGUUAAAGCUAUGUCAGUUGCAGUUGGACUAAAUGUAUCUGUUUUUUUGAAAACUAUUCAGCCAUGGCUUCAUAAGAAGUCUUUAGUGAUAUCAAAUGAUGCCAAAUUAUCAAAAUUAUCUACUAUUGGUCUUCAGCAUGUGCUAGUAAAGUCAUCAUCUCCUGAAGCAGCUGUUCAUACUGAUAACAUUACCAAUUAUUUAAGAAAGCAAUUAUCUUUUCUAUUUGGAGAAUUUGCAGUUAAUCAGUUAAAAAUAGAUACAAUCCAAGGAUUUUUAGAUGAACUUCAAUGGCGAGAAAGAUUUGAUACAUCACCCAAAGAAUGUUUUUGGAAUAUUUUAAAGCAUAUCACUGAUCAGUCAGGCAAACAAGGUUCUACAUGUGAAACAAAUCAGAUUGUUCCAUCAGCUAUCACUGUAUCAGACAUUGGUCAUGAAACUUUAUUAAAACGAAUUCUGAAAGAAGGAAAUAGUUCUUCUAAUAAAAAACAAAAAGUUAAUGGAGUAGAUGUUAUAUUGGAUGAAUAUUAUUAUGCAAGAUUGGAGCCACAAAUUACAAUUAUUGAGAAAAAUAAAGAUAAAGCAAAUCGGUUUAAGUGUCAGCUAUGCAAGAAAUAUAUUGAUAAUAAUAUUAAAGUCAUGAAGCAUAUGAAUGGCCACAUAGAGAAAAGUCGGCAAAAAAAUCUUGAUCUACUUGAUUUAACUCAAUGUAAAUAUUGUUUUAAAGAAUUUCAAACACCAUACAGUAUGCAGUGUCAUAUUGAGGCUGUCCAUCUUCAAACAAAUUCAUUGGCUUGUCGUAUUUGUAAUCAAGGUUUUCCUGAUGUAACUUCUCUUGUUUAUCAUAUGAAAAUGAUUCAUUGUCAAACAGAAAUGCCAUAUUCUUGUUCAGUCUGUCAUUAUCGUUCAUCUUUUCAUAGUGAUGUAAUUGAACACUUUCAGCAGUAUCAUAAUGGAUCAAAUGAAAUUAUGUGCCAUUAUUGUCUUAAAGUAUUCGUAAUUAAAUUUUCUUCAAGAGGACUUGGUUUUGUACUAAAAUUUUAUGAUCAUCUUCAUAAGCAUCAGUGUAAAUCAUCAUCAAAAAAGUGUUCAUCUUGCUGUUUAACUUUUUUAAAUAUACAAGAUUUGAGGAACCAUAAAACACGGGAUCAUCAGAGUAUGGCAUCAGUCAAAGGUGUUGUUCCUAUAAAAUCAUUAAGCACAAAACCAAUAAUUGUUACUAAUCCUCAUAUAAAACCAAAUAAUAGUGAUAAUUAUGAAGUCAUUAUUAUUGAUGACAAAGACAUAAACAAAUCAAAAUUUAGUAAAAAAUGUUCAGUCUUAGAAGAGAGAGAUGUAUCUUUAUCUAUAGCCAAAGAAGUAAUUGGUUAUUCUUGUUUUGAAUGUAAAAAUAGUAUUGAACAAGAUCAUUUCAAAAAGUUUUCUGUAUGUAAGAUAUGUCAUUAUUCAACUAAUUGCAAUAAAGCAUUCCUAAAUCAUAUGGUUCAUCAUGAAAAUAAUUCAGGAAAACUACAAACCAAAUCAAGCAUACAGUUCAACCAUCCAAUGUUCUGUGUCUGUGGUUUUUCUCAUUCCAAUGCAGACAUUCUUGCAUCACAUCUUUCUUAUUGCAAAAAAACAUCAUGUUAUUCCUCUAAACAAGAUGCCUUAGCUGCAGCUGUUAAAUCAGAACCAGAAGGUGAAUAUUUUGAUUGUCCAUCUGCAUUUUUUCCUCCACUCGUUGUUCUUGAUGAUGACGAUGAAGAGGAAUCAAUUAACGAAUCCUUUGCCAAGUUAUCUGCACCAAAUAUUUUACUUGAAGAAGAAAAAAUACUUCCAAUUGAUGAAACUAUAUUAGAAGACCAAAUAUCAAAGGGUGUUGUUCCUAUAAAAUCAUUAAGCACAAAACCAAUAAUUGUUACUAAUCCUCAUAUAAAACCAAAUAAUAGUGAUAAUUAUGAAGUCAUUAUUAUUGAUGACAAAGACAUAAACAAAUCAAAAUUUAGUAAAAAAUGUUCAGUCUUAGAAGAGAGAGAUGUAUCUUUAUCUAUAGCCAAAGAAGUAAUUGGUUAUUCUUGUUUUGAAUGUAAAAAUAGUAUUGAACAAGAUCAUUUCAAAAAGUUUUCUGUAUGUAAGAUAUGUCAUUAUUCAACUAAUUGCAAUAAAGCAUUCCUAAAUCAUAUGGUUCAUCAUGAAAAUAAUUCAGGAAAACUACAAACCAAAUCAAGCAUACAGUUCAACCAUCCAAUGUUCUGUGUCUGUGGUUUUUCUCAUUCCAAUGCAGACAUUCUUGCAUCACAUCUUUCUUAUUGCAAAAAAACAUCAUGUUAUUCCUCUAAACAAGAUGCCUUAGCUGCAGCUGUUAAAUCAGAACCAGAAGGUGAAUAUUUUGAUUGUCCAUCUGCAUUUUUUCCUCCACUCGUUGUUCUUGAUGAUGACGAUGAAGAGGAAUCAAUUAACGAAUCCUUUGCCAAGUUAUCUGCACCAAAUAUUUUACUUGAAGAAGAAAAAAUACUUCCAAUUGAUGAAACUAUAUUAGAAGACCAAAUAUCAAAGGAUGAGAAAGAUGAAAGGCCAAACAUGCUGAAUGCUUUAGGACUUGUUAGAAAGAAAUCAUCCUCUCUUCCACCAGGUACAUCAGUGUUCCAUGAUGAAAGCAGUCAAGAUGUGAUUUUGCCUUCAAGUGGUGAUUUAAGUCAAUCUGUGAGCCCAACUGAAAAAACUGAUAGCAAAGUUCAUCCAGUGGAACUAUCAAAACAAAAUGAGGACCAGUGUGAUGCAAAAACUAUAACAGAGGUUAAUUUAAAUGAUUCCAAAAAUGAUAAAAGUCAAUUACAAACACAGCCAACAGAAAAUAUCAUCAUUGCAUCUUGACAGGCUUAAUGGAAUAAAGUUUUUAAAAUAGAGUAAAAAUUGUUUUCACUGUUUAUAAAAUUGUUCUAUAACUAUAAUCUGCGUAAUGUGAUAAUGUUGAUAUAUAUUAAAAUACAUAAAACUUUU